ACUCUUCUUUUGCUGUUGCUUUACUGUUAAAGAGUUGCAAAGAUGCCCAUGAAUACAUGCCCAUUGUGUUAUCGUAUGUACGCUCAGCUGAGCCAACACUUGCAAGUGACGCACAGUGUUUUGAACAGGUUGGAGAGGAAGCUGCUGUUGGCUCUGGAGUCAGGCAGGGUGAACGUACGUGUGGGACAUUGCCCGGUUCCUGGCUGUGGAAAAGAUGUCAGCAGAAUUGACCGGCACCUCAGGCAGCACUCUGAGCUCACCAAAAAAGCUCAGCAAGACGCAUUGAAUAAAUGUAAGAGGAAGAAAAUUAUCAGUGAUCUGGCCAAGCUCAGGGCGUCAAGCCCUGAGGUGGCCAUGAUUUCCAUUCUGGAUUUAGAGGAGGAGCAACAAGAUGUUUUUGAAGAUUUGGAAGACCCCAACAUGCCCAUGGAGAAGGGUGAGGAGGAGUGCUCCAACGAGCGGUGCAAGGGGUAGAAGAAGAGGCUACACUCUCAGGUGGCAGACCUGAAUGAGCAAGUGGAUUCGUUGACUUCGUGCAUUCGCAAUCUCAGCCGGAGAUACCGCAUCCUCAGGAGGAAGUUUACAACGCAGCGAUCAUCUGCUGGAGUGAGCCGGGCUGCCAGAAGACUCCUUGGGUCUCUUGGGCCCGAUGAGACAGAAGAAGCUUCGCCGCCCAUCGAGUCGGCUCCAGCUUCUCCUUGCAGCCAGCAGCCCUCCACCAGCCAGCUACCCUCCACAAGCCAGCAGCCCUCAACCAGCCAGGAUCCUUCUGACAUACCAGGGGAUGAAAGCCCCCCCAACUACCCUGAGCAUGUAGCGGCGCUGAAUGAACUCAUAGAGGAAUACAGGCAGCACCAGGAGGGUCCUAACCCCACCCCGAAGCUGAAAGACAACGUGGGUGGUAAAAUAUACCGGAUAAAAAAAAUUCAUCUCUUUCAUGUCCCAGGGGAAGACCAAGCUUUCUAGCAUGGUGUUUUUGAACGAGACAAACCGGAUACGGGCGUAGGUGGUCCAUCUUCGGCAGUUAAAAAUUAAGGAGACCACAAUAAAUCACUAUGUGAAAAAUGUGGUUCAGUUUAUGGCAUACGUGAAGGACACCCCUCCGCCCACCUGCCGCCUUUCCCAAGCGGUCCUCCUGGGCAUCCACCGGGAGCUGAGGGCCAUCUUGAAGUCCCUUCAGUGUGGCGUAGUGAUGCACCAGAUAUCCGUCAAGCAGAGCAAGGAGGACCACAUCAUCUUGAAGUCCACUCUGAAGAAGUGCCGGUCAAUGGCCAAGCAGGCCAUCCCAGAUAUAUUAACAUGCUCUGUCUUGUUUGCAGCCCUCCUGGAGAACAACCCAUCGCCGAAACUCCAGUGGAGUUUCUAUGGUCACUUCUCGGCAUACCUGGCUUCCAUUUAUGGUCACAGAGGGGGUGUGUUCCAGAACAUGAAAAUGGACGAGGUGGUGGGGGCCAAGUGGUCCACCAACGAUGGAGCAUACCUCAUCAACGUGGCAGAGCACAAAACCAAUCAGGCCUUUGGGGUGGCGCAGAUCUCCCUCUUUGAGGAGGAGUAUGAGUGGGGGCGUCGCUUCAUCAAUAUUAAGGAUGAGCUGCCGGGCGGGGCCGAUGCCACUUUUUUCUUUUUCACUUCCAGGCCAAACCCAUGUAAGAAUUUAAAUAAUUAUUUCAAGGAGGCCUGGAAGGUGAUGGGCCUGCCCGGCUGUCCUACAUUUACUGACCUCAGGACCUCCAUCGCCACCCACGCAAAGAACACGCACAAACCCGAAGACCGCCAAAAAAAUCGCCAGGUUCAUGUGCCACGAUACAUCCACGGCCGACAGAUUCUACGCCAUGAAUCUCAGCAUCCGGCAGGCGGUCGAGCACCGGCAGCUCUUUGAAACCACAGUGGAGGGACCAGAACAGUCUCCAGCACAAGAGCCGCCAAAGCGAAAGCGGGAAGGCCGGAAGGCGGUUCGGCCGAGGAAGUGUUUGAAGGGUAAUGUCUCACCAGUCAAAUCGCCCGUUCUGUCAAUGUCAUCUGGCAGCACCACCCCAGAGAAGAUGAAGGUGAUAUACCAGGAGUCGGGGACGUCUUCUCCGGAGUCCAACCAGGACUCGGAAAAGGCGUCCAAGUCCCCCUCGCUGGCCAGUGGAGUUUCUUCCGAUGACGCACAGCCGAGUCAGGGCAUGCCUGCCAAGAGCACACAGAUCCAUCAAUCUCGGAUCCAUCCCGUGGUGGUAGUAACACCCAUUAAACUCAGGAGUACAUGAAGAGCUAGAAGAGAAGGGAUGAAAGUCUCCCCAAUGAAGGUGAUAAAGCCUGUGAUCACCAAGGCCCACACAAUGGCGCGGUCUAUUCAACGCCGCCGGUUAAAAAAGUGAGUCUGUCUGUUUUAGAUAGUGUUGGCUCUUUCGAAAUGUUGGACUCUGAACCGAAAGAAGACUUUUGAUGAGUGAUUUAAAGGAUUUCUUAUUGCAUUUCUCUUUGGACAAGCACUUUUUUCCUUUGGGACUCUAUUGGACUUUUUGAAACUUUUUUUUAUUUUUAAGUGUGAUGUUAAAUCUUGCAUUCUCUGGAUUUUGCAUUUCUAUUUGGACUAUCCCUUUUUUUUCCUUUAGGACUCUAUUUUUUUUUUUUUUUUUAAUACGUGAUGUUAAAUCUUGAUUCUGUGUUGCUGUUAAAUCUUGAUUCUGUGUUGCAUUCUCUGUAUUUUGCAUUUAUAUUUGGACUAGCCCAUUUUUUUUCCAGUGUGAUGUUAAAUCUUGAUUCUGUGUUGCAUUCUCUGUAUUUUGCAUUUAUAUUUGGACUAGCCCUUUUUUUUUCCUUUAGGACUGUUGGACUUUUUGAAACUUUUCUUUUAAGUGUGAUGUUAAAUCUUGAUUCUGUGUUCUAUGUAAAAUGUUCUCUGUGCAUUUUCGUUUGGAGUGUUUUUCAUGUACACUUGAGUUUUCAAAUAAGUAAAUGUUCUGUUUUGUCAUUUAAACUACUUGUCUGUCAUUAUUUCUCUGCUCUGAUGGUAUUCAUUAUUGUUUUAAA